UCGAUUUCAGUAGGUGAUCCGAGAAAGGAAAACGAUGGACAACAAGGCACUUUUGUUUCUUAUGCUAUUGUAUCUAAGGUAAGUAAAGCCACUGUACGUAGAAGGUUCCAAGACUUUGUAUGGCUUUACAAUGUCUUAUAUACUCAUUAUCCUGCUUGUAUUGUACCUCCUUUACCUGAAAAACAUCGAUUAGAAUAUGUUAAAGGGGAUCGAUUUGGAACUGAUUUUGUAGAAAAACGAAGGACAAGUAUGGAACGGUUCUUACAACGUAUAGCUAGACAUCCUAUCCUUGGUCGAGCUCAAUUCUUUAUCAUGUUUUUGGAAUCAUCGGAAUUUAAUGAUGCAUCGGCAAGGGCUUUACGUGAAGGACAAGAAACAAUGAUGGAUACAAUUGGUGAUUCACUUUUGAAUGCAUUUGCCAAAAUUCGAAAACCUGAUCAACAAUUUGUGGAUAUGAAGAAUCGUGUAGAUCGUUUAGAAGAAAAUUUCUCUUUAUUGGAAAAAACCUUGACAAGAACCAAUAAACGAACAGAUGAUUUAUCUCAUGAUUAUAUGGAAUUGGCUUCAAGUAUUCGUGGUUUGGGUCAAUUGGAAACUACUUUUCAACCUAGUUUGGACACUUUUUCUGAUGCUACCAUUGGUUAUGCUAAGAAUAUUAGUACCAUGGCUUCCUAUGAUUCUGAAUGGUUAAGUGAAGUUCAUGAUUAUAUGUCUUAUCACAAUGCAAUGAAGGAUGUAUUAAAAUUACGAGAUCAAAAACAAUUGGAUUUUGAAGAAUUGACAGAUUAUUUACAAUCAACCAUCAAAGAACGGGAAAAGACAAUGUAUCCAUCUGACACAACUGGUGGAUUGACUGAUUAUUUAACUGGCAAACUCAAUGAAGUCCGUGGUGCUGAUGCUGAAAAGAUUCGUCGGGAACGUGUUUUAAGAUUAGAUGAUCGAAUUCGUGAAUUACAAGAUGCCAUAGAACAAACUCAUGAAGUAUCCAAUGCUUUUUCGGAUCAAGUGAAAAAGGAAAAUGAAUUCUUUGUACGGAACAAUGCCAUUGAAAUGCAUGAUGCUCUUGAAACUUAUGCUAAUGCAAAGAUCGAUUUUUAUCAAAAGGGUGUUGAUCUUUGGCGUCAUGUGGUUCAGACCUUAGAAAAUACUGGAUGAUACCUUUAUACUCUUAUUUAGUUAGUUUCAUUGAUGAUCAUUUGUUGUUAUGCACUUAGCUCAUCAUAUUUGUAUUGAUCAAUAAAAUAAAAUAUAUAUAUAUAUAUAUAUUUACCAUAGUGUCAACAUUGUUGAUCUUAC